AUGGCGGGCGGAGCUUCUGCUCGGCGGCGGCAGCACGACGCCGCCUACGAGCACCUCGUGCUCUACCACCGCCGCUACCGCAGAACCAUCACCGUAGCACCUGACCAUACCUGUGCGUGGCAGCUCGGCGAAGCAAGCUUGAGGAGAGCCCGGUUAGUCCUCCCCGCCCCUAUAUAUACUUCCUACCUCUCUCCAUCACUCGCUCCAUUCCCAGCUAGCCAGAGGCUUCUGCUGAAGACAAAGAAGCAAGCUAGAGAGACGAGACCGGAGAGAGGACGAGCGGCGGCGGAGCUAAUGGCGGGCGGCCCGCGGCCGAGCCUGUGGCGGACGCCGACGCCGUACCUCUUCCUGGGCUUCGCCUUCAUGAUGGGGCUCAUCGCGGUGGCGCUGCUCGUGCUCAUCUGCACGCGACGCAAGCCCUCGCGCCGCGGGGACGAGGAGCCGGCGGCGGCGGCGUCCUCGGCGCGCGUCCUCGCGCCGCUCGACCGGGAGGCGCCCAAGGUCGUGGUCAUCAUGGCCGGCGACGCCCUGCCGUCCUUCCUCGCCAGCGCCAAGCCGCUCACCGGCGCCGCUGCCGCGGCCGUGUAGAGGCGCUCGCGCGCGCGCGAUAGAGCACCCCGCGUACGUGGCGACGUGGGGUCAAUUUUGUCGACGAUUUUUCUUUCUUUUCUUAUCUUUUUUUUGGUUUUCGGAGUACGGUGGCGUCAGCCGUGGUGAGAGCACCCAGCCGCCGCCGCCGGCGCUGAAAUCUGUGGAACGGUUUCGACGAGUCUUGGUUUGUUUCUGCAAGCUUCUAGCUUGGCUUGGCAUCAAGGAACACGUACAGGUAAAGCCUUUUGGCUGCGCUCAGCUGGCUGGAUCCCAAAUUCCCGAUUCCCAUCACUUACUAUCUGGCUUGUUUUCCC